GCUUUUUCUGGCUAUCUUUCUUGUGAAAGCUUAGCUGAUUACUGUCAGCUUGGUGAAGAUCAGCGAAUUAAUAAUACUGCAAUGCUGAUUCCUUUUUCGUUAUAUGAAUCAAAUUUAGAUGAGUGUGAUGAUUAUGAAGGCUCAACUGUAAUCGAGAAACAUCAGGAAGGUUUAACUAAAAUUAAGGAUUAUCAAGAAAGCCCAAUCGUUAUUGAAAAGUAUCAGGAAGUUUUAACCGUAAUUCCAGAAGUAACGGAGGUCUCGAAAGUAAUUGAAGCGAACCUGAAAGUAUCUAAAGACCCAAAAUUAGCUGAAGAGGACACAAAAGUAGUUAAAAAUUAUCAAGAAG